AUGGGAAUGCGUCUAGAAAUCAAGAAAUUCCUCGGAGUCGAUUCUGAUCAACGCUUAAAUAUUGCUAUAUUAAAGCGCAAGCUAUUUGCCCGUUCCGAUCGCGUAAAAUGCGUCGACUUCCAUCCGACCGAGCCUUGGUUUCUAGCAAGUUUAUAUAAUGGUGACGUUUACAUCUGGAAUUAUGAAACGCAGGUCUUGGUGAAAACUUUUGAAGUGACUGAUGUACCGGUCCGUGCGGCGAAGUUUAUUGCUCGUAAGAACUGGCUCAUUGCAGGAUCAGAUGACAUGCAGAUACGCGUAUUUAACUAUAAUACCCAUGAAAAGGUUACAACUUUUGAGGCACAUCCUGACUACAUCCGCUGUAUCGCUAUACAUCCUACCCAACCUUUCGUUUUGACUGGUUCCGAUGAUAUGACAGUUAAAUUGUGGGAUUGGGAAAAAGGAUGGAAAUGCAUUCAGAUAUUCGAAGGUCACACGCACUAUGUCAUGAACAUAAAUUUUAAUCCAAAAGAUUCAAAUACUUUUGCAUCCGCAUGCUUGGAUCGUACGAUUAAAGUAUGGUCGCUUGGAUCCACGGUCGCUAAUUUUACGCUUGAGGGGCACGAAAAAGGAGUGAACUGGGUGGAUUAUUAUCAUGGUGGUGAAAAGCCAUAUUUAGUGUCAGCAGCGGAUGAUAAGCUUGUUAAGAUUUGGGAUUAUCAAAAUAAAACCUGCGUUCAAACCUUAGAAGGACACACUCAAAAUGCAGCGUUCGCGUGUUUUCAUCCUGAAUUACCAAUUAUUAUUUCUGGUAGUGAAGAUGGUACCGUAAAGAUUUGGCACUCCAAUACUUAUCGAUUGGAGAACACUCUUAAUUACGGACUUGAGCGUGCGUGGACGGUCGCCUAUCAAAAAGGCAAUAAUAAUGUUGCAUUUGGAUAUGAUGAAGGGGCUGUCUGUGUCAAGUUGGGACGUGAGGAGCCAGCAGUGAGCAUGGAUAAUUCUGGUAAAAUUAUUUGGGCCAAGCAUAAUGAGAUUCAGACGGCUAAUAUAAAGGCUGGUUUCGAUGACAAUAUUAAGGAUGGCGAUCGCCUGCCAUUACCCGUCAAAGAUUUGGGUAGUUGUGAGGUUUAUCCCCAAACACUUCAGCAUAGUCCCAACGGAAGAUUUGUUGUAGUUUGUGGGGACGGGGAAUAUAUUAUUUAUACUGCUCUGGCAUGGAGAAAUAAGGGAUUUGGUAAUGGGCUUGAAUUUGUAUGGGCGUUGGAUUCAAAUGAAUAUGCAGUACGAGAAUCCACUACAAAAAUCAAACUUUACAAAAACUUUAAAGAAAGAGCUAAUGCAUUGAAAUUGAACUUUACGGCCGAAGGAAUUUUUGGUGGUACACUUUUGGGCGUAAAAAGCUCUACUUUUUUGAAUCUAUACGAUUGGGAGACCACUACGGUUGUGAGAAGGAUCGAUGUUAUUCCUAAGAGCGUAUAUUGGUCUGAUAUCGGUGAUCUAGUGACCAUUGCGUGUGAGGAUACUUUCUACGUCUUGAGAUUUAAUCGACAAUCAUAUGUGGAGUUUUUGGAAAGUGGUGGUGAAGUGGGUGAAGAAGGCGUGGAGCAGGCUUUUGAAUUUGUGACCGAAAUUCCAGAGAGUAUAAAAACAGGUACAUGGGUUGGAGAUUGCUUUAUUUAUACAAACACGGUUAAUCGUCUUAAUUAUCUCGUCGGCGCACAGACAUUUACCAUUAGUCAUUUUGACACAAACAUGUACUUACUGGGGUAUAUUCCUAAGGACAAUCGUAUAUAUCUGGCUGACAAAGAUGUCAAUGUAUACAGCUAUGCCCUUUCCUUAAACGUUAUUGAAUACCAAACUGCAAUCCUUCGAAACGAUCUCGAAACUGCUGAGCAGUUAUUGCCUUCUAUCCCUAACGAACAAAGGAACCGAAUUGCAAGAUUUUUGGAAAGCCAAGAUCUCAAGGAGCUCGCUCUUGAAGUAUCAACUGAUAUUGAACAUAAGUUUGAUCUUGCUGUUCAACUCAACAAACUUGAUGUUGCCGUCGAGAUCGCGCGCGAGGUUGAUACCGACUCCAAAUGGAAGACUGUUGGUGAUUCAGCACUUAAUGCAUGGAAAUUUUCUUUAGCAGAAGAAUGCCUUAAAAAGGCUAAAGAUAUGAGUGGCUUAUUACUCUUGUACACAGCUUCUGGAAAUUCGAAGGGUAUAAAAGAGUUAGCCGAAACAUCCGUGGCCUCAGGAAAAAAUAACAUAGCGUUUUCGUGUUACCUACAACUCGGUCAAGUCGAGGAUUGUAUAGAAAUUUUACUGAAAACUGACCGUAUCCCAGAAGCUGCGAUGUUUGCCCGAACAUAUGCUCCCAGCCAGGUCUCCAGAUUGGUAAAACUGUGGCGGGAGUCCCUUGAAAAACAGAAUAAGAAGAAAGCGGCAGAGGCACUGGCGGACCCUGCGGAUUACGAAAAUUUAUUUCCAGAUUUUAAACACGCUAUUAUUGCCGAGGAACUGAUGAAGAAGACGCGCAACAGCGUGGUUCCCGCUACUGCGUACUUGGAUUAUAAAGAUGGACUCGACCAAGACAUAAUUGCUGAAGUCAAAGAAAAAUAUCCUGAUGGAGUUUUACCAUCAAAUCUUGCGUCUCCCAUACAAAAUCGUCUUGUAAGCAACAUAGCACGUAAAAAUGUCAAUGGUGAGUUGGACGAUGAUGUUCUAUCAUCAGUAGCUUCAGUUGACGACGAUCGCAUAAGCGUCGCGGACAACAUGAGCCUUUUAAGUAUGGAGGGUGAGUAG